AUGGAGGAGAAGCAGAGGCACACUGGGGGCAAGUGGAGGCGGACAUCGGGGCAGGGCGAUUGGCGAUUCGAGGAGGAGAAGCAGGGGGUCGCACACGGGAACGGCGGAGCGGAGGCCCUAGGUCGUCGCCGGGGAAAGAGAUGGUUUGUUGGAUUGACGAUGAGGACGACGCGAAAUGAUGUUGUUGCUGGACUGGUGGCCUGCUCCACGAUAGGAAGGAGACGGAGGCGGAGGCGUACGAAUGGCACGGCGCGGCGCUAA